UUUACCGGACAGGAUUUUACUCAGCAAGGAAGGUGUCGUAUGUCACAAUUUGUGAUGCAUAAUUUAUUGUUAAAAACAAUACCACUGUCAGAGUUUGUGUCUUUAUCUCUUGUUAUGCAAGUACUCGAUUUUGUUCUGACUAUUGACUUACUUUUAUACGGUUGAAAUCCAACACUUCCACAUCAUCCGAUUUAACCAGUCAUUUUCCCAUAGGUUUGUAGUUUUUCAUCACGAAAACAUUUGGGAAAAAUUACGCUCGUUAAUGUUGACAACAUGGCUAUAGCAAUGUCUAUGCUGGGAAUUUGGCUUCUGACUGCGGUACAACUUUGUUUCGUAGAAGCCUACCCCACGGGAGCUCCGAGCGGUGCAUGUGAGGCUAUGAUCCCUGGUCACACACCUUCAGUUCCUCAAACCGGCGACUCCCUAUAUGAUAUCAAACUGUCGUCUGUGACAUACUGUCCCAAAACGGAAGUGACUGUAACAAUAAUGGGAAAGUCUAAUAAUGGAGAGAAGUUUAGGGGAUUCCUUUGUCAAGCAAGGACUGCAGUAAAUACAUACGAAACAUCCGGUAGUUUGACGUCCACGGGAACGAAGAAUGAUUGUUCAGGGAAAGCCUCCCUAUCACAUGCGGACAGGACCGACAAAACGUCAGCAGUAUUGAAAUGGACGCCAAAUGAAGGCUUUACAAGCUCAGCGUUCAUUGUAUGUACAAUUGUGAAGGAAAAGACAACCUUUUGGGUGAAGCAAAACGUUGAACUUACAUACGCAGGGGCAGCUAACUGUACCGACAAUAUGGGCGUCUGUAACAAGGACGAAGACUGUUCAGGAAUGGAAGGAAAGCAAUGCGUGGACGGCAAAUGCACGAGCGGAGCUAUGAGGACAGUUCUUGUGUCGUUGGUUCUGAUGGUUGUGUGCUUCGUUCUCACACAUUUCUAAACUGGCAGUAUCUUCAGAUGAUGAAUAUGGUACUUACGCAAGGAAAGAAAGAAAGAAAAAACAAAAA